UUUCCAGGUGAUUCACAGCAGAUUACCGAAAAUGAAACAGUUACUUGGGAAACCGACCAAGAAAUUACAAAUACCGGUAAUACUUAUGAUAAAACUAAUGGUGUACAAGAUUUGCAAACUGAACAAGAUGUGGAUAUUACCCUGGAUAUAAAACCUUUCAAGCUUAUUCCAGGGUUAAAUUCACAGCAGAUUACUGAAAUAGACAAAACUAUAUCCGAGGACAAAAACAAAAAGGUGCAUACAGAAGAAAUGCUAUUUAGCGAAAUUUCAGAAGAAAUACCGUUCAAUUCUAAAAUGUAUUCAGAUACGUUCAAUACUGAAAAGAAACUGAAAAAAUGUGAGAAUAAUAUUCAACCACAAGAAAACCAGUUUUUCAACGAUUUGUCAACAAAUUGCUUUGAAGCUGUACUGAACAAAACUUCAGAUGAGGAUGAAUCUAAUCUUGUAGAUGUCAAGAAUGACUCAAAUGUCGAAGAUAACAUUGAUAUUCAUGAAGAAAAUAUAAAAGUCGACUUCACUAACAGAGAUGCAAGAGAUAUUGAAUUGCAACAGGUGGCAGAAGUAGAUAUUGCAACACUAUCCAAAGAAAUAGAAGCAGUAGUUACGUCUACCAACAUUUCUAAUGAUACCAACUAUUUAAACAAAGAAUGUAGUGAAAAUUUGGUUGCUGAUAAUAAUUGUGUGCAACCUGGGAAGACUGACGAAAGGGAAAAACAGUUCCAUUGCAGAAUAUGUUCGAAAAAUUAUAAAAGUAAAGCUUUAUUGCAAAAGCAUGGAAAGAUUCAUUCGCAAACAAAACAAUUUCACUGCAAAAUUUGUUUCAAAUCAUUCCGUAACAACAAUCAGUUAGUUGGUCAUGAAAGGGUUCAUACAGGAGAAAGACCCUUUGUUUGUAAAAUCUGCCCUCACUCUUUCAAACAACUAUCACAUUUGAAAACUCAUCAACAGGUUCAUUCAGGAGAAAAACCAUUUGUUUGUAAAAUCUGCUCAAAAGCAUUUGCUGAUAAGUUUUAUUUGAGAGAUCAUGAAAGGAUUCAUACAGAAAAACGAUUUUCUUGCCAAUAUUGCCCCAAAACUUUCCAUCUAUCGAAAUCUUUCAAAAAACAUUUGAAGAUUCACUUAGAAAAAAAAUUAUAUUUUUGCGAGAUAUGCACCAAACUUUUUUUUUCCAUGAAUGGUUUCAAAAAACACCAGAAAACUAUUCAUAAAGAUGAAAAACUAUUUUCCAUGGAUCCAUCAACAAAUCAAUGUAAACCAAUAUUAGUUGAGAAUUUGGAUGAAAAAUAUUUUAAUAUUUAUGAAGAGGUUAUCGAGGAUGACUUGAAUAUUCAUGAAAAAGAUGUCAAGGAUGAUUCGAAU